AUGAAUAUAUCAGGUUCUGAAUGUAGCAGUGGGUGUGAAUCUGGAUGGACAAUGUACUUAGAUCAACUCUCAAAUUCUAGAGAUCAAUACAACAGAAGAGAUAAUACUAAUCAUAGCAUAUAUAAAACAGAGUAUGUUGAUGAAGAAAAUCAAGAAGAUGAAGAUAUGUCUAUGGUUUCUGAUGCUUCUUCUGGUCCACCACAUUUUCAUGAACAAUAUUGCGUUGAUGAAAAUGGAUAUAUUUUCUAUCCAUCAGCUUCUGAAAACACAAAGGCCAAAGAGAAGAAGAAAAUAAAAGAGCAAAAGGGGAAAAAUCAGAAUCUUUAUCUUGAUGACACUGCCAGUUCUCCAUUCUCUAACUCCCCCAAGGCAAGUCCAAUAUAA